AUGGACAAAAAGGGUAUUAUAUGUUUGGUUGUGAUCCUUUUAGGGACAAUAUCAGCCAUUACUGGCUUUGCUGCUGAAGCUACAAGGGUUAAGAGGUCACAAGUUCAUUUAGAUGCUUUUGGAGAAUGUACAUAUCCAAAGAGCCCAUCGCAUGUUCUUGGAUUAACUUCAGCCCUAAUGCUUUUGAUCGAUGAACAUAUUGUACGCAGGAUCACAUCUAUUUUAGCUCUCACUCUAUUGCUAAAAGCUGCCGCGUUCCAAGCUCAACACAAGGAAGCGACUGUGAUGAACGGCUGGGAAUACUGCUCUCUUGUAAGACCCGGACUCUUCGCCUGCGGAGCCGUCUUAGCUGUUAUAAGCUUGGUUUUCGGAAUCUUGUAUUAUCUAACCCUAAAUUCGAAAGGGAAGGAAGACGCUAAAGCGCCGGUUCCGACUCAAGGUGACAUAACCAUGGCACAACCUCAGUUCCCAUUGGAGAAUCCCGAUUCUGUAAAUGAAGAUGCUAAGGACAAGCAGCAAUUCAGUUGA